UCGUCGUCGACAACCCAACAGUUUCAUUUCGAAAGAUCCAUCCCGCGGAGGGGCUCACAUUUUUUUCAAACCUUUUUUUUUAUAUUUAGUUUUUUCGUGCGUGUGUAACGUUUUUAUUUAGUGACUGAGCAAGAGAAUAUAUGAGUGCGUAGUGUUGCGUUCAUUUGGGGCUCAUCAAGACCCUGUAUAGCGGUUUUAACCUUCAUUAAUUAUUAAAAUAACCAAAGUGGAAGGAUGAAAAUGUAUUAAGGCAGAACAUUUUAAACAGUAAAGUUGUUGUUGCAAGUAGACGCGAUGUUGCGGGACGUGUGGUGAAUUGAAACUCUGGAAUAUCUUUCAAAGAAACUGGAGGUGGUGUUUGUGGUGGUGGUGCUGUGGUAGUGGUGGUUCGGAGAAGUUUUUGGUAGUUGCGUAACGCAGACUGACAACCAGAGAUGGAGUUAACUGGGUUUUUUCGAAGGAGAAAACGGGGCGUAACCGAAGCGCCUAAACUGGCUGGAGUACCACCGCCUACACCUUUAAACAAAACCAAAUUAACAACCGGAACUGUACAGGGACCGUUAAUCAAGAAGGAAAAGAGACACUCCAGUUCCAGAUUCAAUAUAACCAAAAAUAGAGAAUUGGAAAUGUUGCCAGCUUUAAAAGAUGCCGCCCUGCCGGACAGGGAAGAACUAUUCAUACAGAAAAUACGACAGUGCUGUGUGCUAUUCGACUUCGCCGCGGACCCCCUUUCCGAUUUAAAAUGGAAGGAGGUUAAACGAGCCGCUCUCCAUGAAAUGGUCGAGUUCGUUUCGCAACAAAAAGGCGUUAUUACCGAUGCGAUUUAUCCAGAAGCUGUAAAUAUGUUUGCCGUGAAUCUUUUCCGUACAUUACCACCAUCGCAAAAUCCAAACGGUGCGGAAUUCGAUCCUGAAGAAGACGAACCAACGUUAGAAGCAGCAUGGCCCCAUUUACAACUAGUCUACGAGCUGUUCUUACGUGUAUUAGAAGCCCCCGAUUUCCAACCUAACAUCGCAAAACGCUACAUCGAUACUAAAUUUGUAUUGAACCUUUUGGAUUUAUUCGACUCUGAGGAUCCACGCGAACGUGAUCUUCUAAAAACAACGUUACACCGGAUAUACGGAAAGUUCCUUGGAUUGCGCGCGUUUAUUCGCAAGCAAAUUAAUAACGUGUUCUAUCGGUUUAUCUAUGAAACAGAGCAUCAUAAUGGUAUUGCAGAACUACUUGAGAUUCUCGGUUCGAUUAUUAACGGGUUCGCGUUGCCGUUGAAGGAGGAGCACAAAGUGUUUCUAUUAAAAGUACUGAUGCCUUUGCACAAGGUCAAAUCGCUUUCAGUUUAUCAUCCUCAACUUGCGUAUUGUGUCGUUCAGUUUUUGGAAAAGGAUCCGUCCCUUACGCAACCUGUUAUUAGGAGUUUAUUGAAGUAUUGGCCCAAAACGCACAGUCCAAAGGAGGUGAUGUUUUUAAAUGAAUUAGAAGAAAUUUUAGAUGUAAUCGAACCGGCGGAAUUUCAAAAAGUAAUGGUACCCCUGUUUAGGCAGCUUUCAAAGUGCGUGAGUAGCCCUCAUUUUCAAGUAGCAGAACGCGCCCUAUACUAUUGGAACAACGAGUACGUUAUGUCAUUGGUGGCGGAAAACGCAACGGAAAUACUCCCAUUAACGUUUCCAUCGUUGUAUAGAAACUCGAAGAGCCACUGGAACAAAACCAUACACGGUCUCAUCUAUAACGCUUUGAAAUUGUUUAUGGAAAUGAAUCAAAAACUUUUCGAUGAGUGUACGCAUCAUUAUCGACAAGAGAGGCAAAGUAGGGAACGUGAACGACAAUAUGAACGUGAACGAUUUUGGAAUAAAUUAGAAGAUUUAGCAGCGAAUAGUCCGGAUUAUGAGGUGCUCAAAAUGAAAGAAGUGGAUAAUGAGGACAUAAAUAACGUCGCAUGCAGUCCGAACGAUGAUGAGGAAAUUUGUAGUCUCGCUAAAAUUGAACAGGAAGCGCAAGAGGCACGUAAAAUUCGUAACACAAACAAACCUCUGGUACGUCGCAAAUCCGAAUUGCCACAAGAUCAAUACACUGUGAAGGCCUUAAAUGAACACAAACGGGCAGACGAGUACCUUGUAACCCCACCAGAUGUCAACAAGUGCUAGUCUACUCAAAAAAAAAAAAAUUAUGAAAUGAAAAGUAAAGUAAAAAUUGAAAUUAAAAGAAA